AUGCUUGCCAAACUACCCCCAAACCUCUCUCUCCUAGGGAUUCUCCUCCCCAUCUUCAUAAGCCCAACACGUGGCCACAGUUCCGCCGCUUAUGAGCUCUCUCACAGCUCUCACAACCCACUUUGUGCCCCUCUAUCCUUCACCCUCACGGCGACCGCCUCGCAUAUUUCCCUCGCCUCCCCUCCCGACCCUUCCAACGAGACCGAAAUCCUCGACAUCAUCAACCAAUCCUGGGAUGGCACUGUCGUGGCAAACGGAAACCAUACCGUCAACGGCACCUUCACCCUCAAGGCCAUCUAUUGCAGACCUUCCCACAAAACCAAAAAUGAAGGCGUCCUCCAAAUCCUCCUCCACGGCGCCACCUACAACAAAACCAUGUGGUCCGGCUACGGCUUUGGUUAUCCCUACGACUGGCAGUCCUACGCGACCAGCCCUUCGCAAGGCUACCACACCCUCGCCCUUGACCGUUUGUCUCACGGAGAGAACGACCCGCGCGGUCUGGAUCCGUUGAAUGAUGUGCAAAUGCCGUUACAGACGGAGCUUCUGCACCAGCUUAUCUCUGUGAUCAAGACUCAGCCCAACACCAAGACUACCUCCCCCAAGACCAACCCACUGGGAAGGACCUUUUCCAAAAUUGCCUUGGUAGGGCACUCCCUAGGCUCCUACCUCUCUGUUGCCCUCGCCCGUUCCUACCCCCUUGACGCCUCCGCCUUGGUCUUGACAGGCUACAGCUUCCGUCAAAACACCUUGCACGUGCGUUCCGCUCCCUGGGCGUCCGCCCCUAGCGUCUUCCCUGAUCGAUUUCCGUCCAACAAGUAUCUUGACAACCUAGAAUAUCUAACCAUCGCCACUUUGGAAGGCCGGGAGAAGGGGUUCUAUGACAACGCCACCGAUGCUGCUGGUAGGUCAUAUGACCCUGAGUUAGCGAGGACGGAUUAUGAAUACUCGGAUGCGGUCACGCUAGGGGAGGUGGUAAGUCUGGGGGAUUGGGGCGUGGGUGCGGAGGAAUUUGAAGGUCCGGUGUUGGUUGCAACGGGACAGAGGGAUUUCGUUAUGUGCAACCCGCCGGAGGAGGAUUGUGUGAAAAGGUUGUGGGAGACAGGGCAGACUUUUCCGAGGGCGAGGAGAUAUGAGGUUUGGUCGCCUCGCGAGACUGGCCAUGAUUUGACGCUGAGUUACUCAGCUGGGGAGACUUUGGAGAGGGUUCAUGAGUUUUUGGGGAGGGAGGUUUAG